AUGAGCAAGCAAGGUGACGAGCAGCAACUUGCAUUUCUCGAACCCAAGAGAAUUAUCUCUAUCAUUGACCGGCUGAAGGAGAACGAGGAUCCUGAGAAGCUGGCGACGAUCCAGAUACAGGUGAAUCUCAAGGGAUAUGAUCCUAGGAAGGACAACAAGCUGUCCAAGGACAUGUCUUUUCCCUACAAGGUCAGAAGGCUGGACAAGAUAAUUGUGGUUGCUGAUGAGGCGCAUAUUAAGACGUGCGUGGAUGCAGAGUUGCCGCAUGUGUCCAUUGAAGAGCUGAGUGGAGACAAUAACAAAGCGAAGAGAGAUGCAGUGCUGAAGAAGAACAAGUACUUCAUUCUUUGCCCCGGAUACAACAAGGUCUUUCAGCUCAAGAAUAUCCUUAGGUGUGGAAAAACGCCCUACAUUCUGAAGAACGACGACGAUAUCAAAGCGGUCUUUGAGGCUGCAAAGAAGUCGUACAAGCUCCGAAUCAAGGACUUUGCGGUUACCUCGUUUCCUGCGGGGCACACUGGAAUGGAAACCGAGCAUAUAUAUGAAAACAUCAAGACAGGGAUGGGGCUUCUUAUUUCCUACCUUAAGAAGGGAACACAGAGCUUGAAGGGAGUUCUGAUCAAGACCAAUCAGAAGUCGCCGGUGACUCUCUAUUAA